AUGGAAAGGUGGCACCUGCCUGGCCGUUGGAUCUCAUCAAUGGAUUAUCGACACGUCAAUGUAUCGGAUUUUGCUCGGGCCUUGGUGGAUCACUGCAUAUUAACGUGGGCCUUUGAGUACGAGACCGUUAUGGAAGCACUGUUAUCCAAGCGAGUUCAAGAAAUGGUCCAAAAUGGUGAUGAACCACCUCCACCGUAUGUUUGUAGAGAUGAUAAUUCCUCACAAACUGUGCCUUCAGCGUUAUGUUCUCUACCCAUCAUUGAUUUUGGGCUCCUAGCUUCAUCAACACCAACAACUAAACAAAAAGAAGAGCUACAAAAGCUAAGAACAACUCUCUCUUCUUGGGGAUGCUUCCAAGCAAUAAACCAUGGGACAUCAAGCUCACUUUUGGACCAGGUUCGUCAAGUUGCAAGGGAAUUUUUUAAGCAGCCAUCCGAACAAAAGAAGAUCAUUUCCAAAGGGGUGGAAGAAUUUGAAGGGUACGGUGCAGAUCCAAUUCCUGAAGAAGGUCAGUCUUUAGAUUGGUCUGAUCGUUUGUGUCUUGAUGUAUACCCUGAAGAUAGAAGGAAGUCAAGCUUGUGGCCAGAAAACCCAUCAUCCUUUAGGGAUGUUCUGGAAGAAUACACAACAAAGAUGAGAGAGGCAACAAAUCUUAUUUCUAGAGCUAUGGCGAACUCAUUAGAUUUAGAAGAAAAUUGUUUCCUGAAACAAUUUGGUGAACAAGCACUAUUGCAAGUGAGGUUCAACUACUAUUCGUGUUGUGCACGACCUGAUCUUGUGCUCGGGCUUAAACCCCAUGCAGAUGGAUCAGGGUACACAAUUAUACUGCAAGAUGACGUUGAGGGUCUCCAAGUCCACCGUAGUGGGAAAUGGUUCACAAUUCCCACAAUUUCUCAUGCCCUUUUAGUCCUCAUGGGUGAUCAAAUGGAGAUAAUGACUAAUGGAAUUUUCAAGAGUCCGGUGCAUCGGGUAUUGGUGAACUCCAAGAGGGAAAGAAUAUCUAUUGCGAUGUUCUAUACUCCUCAGCCAAACAGAGAAAUUGGACCAGAACAAGGUUUGGUGAAUGAAGAACAACCAAAGAUGUUUAAGAAAGUGAAAGAUUAUGCUGAUACGCAUUGGAGAUACUACCAGCGAGGAAUGAGAUCAAUUCAUGUGGCAAAGUGUGAAUCAGAGUUGUUACUGGACUGUUAG